AUGAGCGAGAGCAGCCGCCUGUGCUCGGGCUACUACAGCCUCAACCGCAGCUUCGUGGAGCCCUUCCAGUGCCCGCGGCGCGGCGACGGGGCCGCGCUGCUCUACUGCUGCGGCUUCGCAGACCUCAAGUACUGCUGCAGCGAGCCGGGCAGCUACUUCCCCUACAAGCACAGCUACAUGUGGAGCCUCAGCAUCGGCGCUCUGGUUGGACUGGGAAUCGCUGCCCUUGUUUUGCUGGCCUUCGUCAUCAGCGUCUGUGUCCUUUGCUACCUAUUUCUGUACACAAAACCUCAACGAUUAGACAACGGCCUUAAACUUCAGCACCUAGAGGCAGCUUCCACCCUAGAAGGCAACUUAAAUAGAAAAACCAAAGGCCUCAUUUCAAAUGCAGCAUCAAAUUCAACAAAUGAGACAGUCUAUGAAGCUGAUGACGUAACUCAAGAAAAAACAAUGGAUACAACACAAAUCAAUAUUGCUUAUUAG